UUGCCUUGCGAAUACAAACUUGGUUAAAUAUAUAAUUAUUUUAUUAUACAUAUGUCUCUAAUCAAAUAAUUUAGAUCCUCAUAUUGGAUCGCUGGACCAAAUGAUAUUUAUCUAUAUUAAUCAUUCAUUUCCCGGAUUUGAAUAUAUUUUUCGUUUUCCUUCCAAAAAAACAGAGAUCUGUUAUAAUCUUUUAAUCUUCAGUACAGAGAGAAAAAAUGGUUCACUAUUCUGAAAAUCUUCAGUAUUAUUAAAGAAAAUGUUGGAAUUCUUAGAAGAUGAUUUGAUUUCUAUGGAUGGACAACUGUGCAUAAAAUUUUUUCUUCCAAUUGAAACAAAAUAUUACAUUAAUCCAUGAAAAAUAUUUUUUAAUUGAAAAAUAGUACUAAAACUACGUUACCUCAACUUUUUUUUUUUUGAGAAAAAAGUGAACUUAGAAUGUAAAGGAUGGAUGCUACUAUCAAGGCAAAUGAAGUAAAAUUGAUUAAUGAUUUGUGUAUUGAAGCAACUGAUACUGACAUAAAUGUUCGAAAUCAGCCAAACUGGGAUAAGGAAUAUCACAUAUGCACUGUCUGUGGCGAGACAUUUUCUCAUAAAGUGACUUUAAAGAAUCAUCUUCUUAUUCAUGAAAAAGAGAAACCUUUUGUAUGUGAUAUCUGUGGCAAGGCAUUUUCUCAGAAAGGCUAUUUAAAACACCAUUUAAUUACUCAUUCUAAUGAAAGACCUUUCCCAUGUGAAAUCUGUAGUAAGUCAUUUUCACAAAAAUCUCAUUUAGACGAACAUGUGUGUUCUCUUCCAAAGGAAAAACCCCAUUCUUGUAAUGUUUGUGGUAAGAAAUUUUAUUGGAAAAGCAGUUUAAGUCAACAUAAGCGCAUCCAUACAAAUGGAAAACCUUAUUCUUGUGAUAUAUGUGGUAAAGAAUUUUUUAAGAAAGAUUACUUAAAUAAACAUUUUUUGACUCACACCAAUGAAAAACCUUAUUCUUGUGAUGUUUGCAGCAAAAAGUAUUCUCGAAAAACCCAAUUAAAUCAACAUUUCCGUUCUCAUACAAAUGAGAAACCUUAUUCUUGUGAUGUAUGUUCAAAAAGAUUUUCUCAAAAACGUUAUUUAAAUACACAUUAUCGUACUCAUACAAAUGAAAAACCCUAUUCUUGUGACAUUUGCAGCAGAGGAUUUUCUUAUAAAUAUACUUUAACUGAACAUUAUCGAACUCAUUCAAAUGAAAAAUCUCAUGUUUGUGAUAUAUGUAAUAAACAAUUUUCUCGAAAGCGUUAUUUAAAAGCACAUUAUCUUAUUCAUAAAAAUGAAAAAAUUUACUCUUGUGAUAUAUGCAGUAAGCAAUUUUCUCAAAAAAAUUAUUUAAAUAAACAUGUUCGUAUUCAUACAAAUGAGAAAUCGUAAUUCUUGUGAGGAAUUCUCUUUGGAGCAUUAUUUAAUUUUGUAUUAUUGCAUUUAUGGGGGGGGGGAAGAACUGCAUGUUAUGAGGUAAUAAUUUCUUGUUAUUUUUUUCUUAUAAUGGCCUUUCAAAUGAAUUAGCUUCUAUUUAAAUAAAAGUUUUUUUUAUUGAAAUAUCUGUUUUUAAAACUUUCCUUUAAAAAGUAAUCUGAAUAUGCAUUGCAAUGUAAAUAUAAAUAAUAAAAUGUUGGAUGGCAAAUGAGUUUUGAAGCAAGUUACAUGCUUGAAUUAUUAUCAUAAUCUCAUAAUAAAACAUAUAGUUAACAGAUUUACUGUCAUAAUUUGUUCAUU